AUAUACCAACACAUAACACUUCAUUUCCUACACAAUUCAACAAAAUGAACCACCUUCCGUUAUCGAUCCUCCUUAUCGCCACCCUCCUCUUCACCGCCGCGAUCGGUUCCACCCCCACCGCCACCACCGGAGCGUCUCUGGCCCCUUCCCCAACCCUAGGUACGUUUGGAUGUGACACAAAGUGUGGAAAACGGUGUGCGAAUGCAGGAUACAAAGAACGAUGCCUAAAAUAUUGUGGGAUAUGUUGCGAUAAGUGCCAGGGGUGUGUUCCUUCUAGUCCGUACGCAAACAAGGCCGAGUGCCCUUGCUAUCGCGACUUGAAGAACUCAAAGGGGAAAGACAAGUGCCCUUAGUAUAAAGAUCUACUUCAUGUUUCUUGAUGCGAGUUGAUAAUUAUGUUAAAUUGUUUGGUUAUUUGAAACUUUGAGUUAUUUAUAAUAAUUAUGACGGACGAUAUUGUGUAAAAAGGUAUGAGAACUCUCUCGUCUUAGUU